AUGCCUUUCGGAGUCCUUGAAGACUAUACACUGCCCCGCGUGCCGGGAACGGUGUCACUGACCGAGACAUAUCAAGAUGGGGACCACGCAGACCUGAAGAAGAUUGGGGACAUCACCUUGGUCCCCCAACCGAGCGACAGCCCAAACGACCCCUUGAAUUGGUCGCCAUGGAGAAAGCAUAUCCUGCUAUUUGUGGUGACAUUGACAUCCGGCGUGACCGUUGCCCUUGGACCGAUGAUAUCUCCCGGCCUGCCGCUGUUGGCCAUGCAAUUCCAAAAGAGUCUCGACGUCGUUUCCACAUACCUGGUCGGCCUGUUCAUUCUCUGGACGGGUAUCUUCACCUUCUUCACCUCGGCCGCUGCAUCCGUCUGGGGCAAACGGGUCAUGUUCAUAACGUCCGGCAUCGCCCUGCUGGCUUUGAAUGCUUGGGGCUUUUUCGCAAAGUCCUUUCCACAAUUCGUCGCCAUGCGUCUCAUGCAGGGAUUCGCCUCGGCGCCGUUCGAAACGCUCGUCACAUCGACGGUGCAGGAUAUCUUCUUCGUACACGAGCGAGGGCAAAAGAUGGCUCUGUGGGUCUUCAUGAUCACAACAGGUGUCUUGCUGGGCCAAGUGAUCUCGGGCCAGAUCAUCCAACAACUCGGCGUCGAGUACACUUUCGGCAUCUGCUCGUUGAUCUUCAUACCUUUGGUGGUGGCCACGUUCUUCUUCGUGCCGGAGACCGUGUACCACCGCAACACGACGACCAAGGGUGUCGAACUCCUCCACAAGACCACCACCAACGCCACCACCAAGUCCGGCAGUGGCACCGACACCGACAUCGACACCACUACUAGUAUCAGCACCACGGAAAUCGCGAGCAUCCAGCCUGCUGACGAACAACCGGAAGCUCCUGCUCGCGGCCCUUCCUUUUGGGGUGGCAAAGAACUAGUCGUCUUCCGCGGCCGCGUGUCGGACGAGUCGUUCUGGCGCCAAGUCAUCUUGCCUUUCCCUCUGUUUCUCUACCCGGCCGUCAUCUUUGGCAGUUUUAUCUACGGCAGCUUCUUCGCGUGGCUGGUGGCCGUCAGCGUCGUGUCGGUGCCCAUGUUCAGCGCGCCGCCGUACAACCUGUCGCCCGCGCAGGUCGGCCUGACGAACCUCCCGCUCCUGUUCGCCGGGCUUGCGGGCGCCCCCGUGUCCGGCUGGCUGGCCGACAAAGUGAUCCGGUCCAUGGCGAAGCGGAACAAUGGCGUGUACGAGCCCGAGUUCCGCCUCACGCUCAUGGCCAUCGCCGCCGUGUUGAGCACGGUCGCGUUUUUGGGCCUGGGCGCUUCGGUCGGUGCCGGCGCCCCGCUGGCGGUGCCCUUGGUCUUUAUCAGCUGUCAUAGCAUGGCGAUCCCCUUUGCCAGUCAGGCCGCGUACACGUAUGUCACGGAUUGUCAUCCGAGCGAUGCGAAUCAGGCGUUUGUCACCAUCGGGUUGGUCAAGGGCAUUUUGACGUUCGUGAGCACCACGUUUAUCAAUGGCUGGUUCGAGGCUAGUGGGCCGAAAAGCGUGUUUUGGACCAUUGCCGCGCUGAAUGGCGCGUUGAGUCUGCUGACCCUGCCGAUGUAUGUGUUUGGCAAGAGGUUCAGGGCGCUGGUCGCGAGGAAGAUCCAGUCGAGGAUCUCAAAGUGAAAGACAAAGGGCUGGGAAAGUGGAGGAGGUACUAUCUGAGAAAAGGUCUAUGGACAGUCUGGACUGCACAUGGCCGACGAGAAGAAAUGAGAAGAGCGUUAGGAGGAUAUGUGUGUAUGACUAUCAUUUAGACUGGUUUUUGGGAAUUUUGGGAUGAUACCCCAUGAUAGAGCAGACGAGGUUGGAAAAUGGCCCGCCCGAUUCUCAUAGUAUAGAUUCAAG